UCACUCCCUUCUCAUACUCACUUCUUCUUCUUCUUCUUCUUCUUCUUCUUCUUUCGCUCCAGUUUUGAAUCAAUAAUUAAUAAUGGAAGCUUUGAAAUCCAAGCCAAGCAUGAAGAAAUCGUCCUCCAUAAACUCCGACGACUCCGCCUACACCACCGAAUCCCCCCUCCGCUACCUCUCCCCCAUGCGAUCCGACGCCGGCGACCCCUUCGAAAGCCCUCCCUACGCCUCGCCGGAGCUCUCCCCUCAGAAGCCCCCUCCCGACAACUCCAAGGCCCUCGUGCCCCUCCCCGCCAAAUUCACCCCUCACAAACCACCGCCGGAGAAGUCCCCCUCGCCGCUGGUUGUUUACAACUCCAACCGCGCCGCCCGGGAGGAUCCCCCGCCUUCCGUCCCCAAGGUCGCUCCCAACGGCUUCGCCGGAGACGGCGGUGACGGCGCUGGGGUCGGGAGAUCGAGGCCGCCGAGGAGGGAUGAUAUGGUGAAGACGGCGGCGCUAGGGUUUCGGAUUAGCGAGCUGGUGCUGUGUUUGAUUUCGUUCUCGGUUAUGGCCGCCGAUAAAACUCAGGGCUGGAGCGGCGACUCCUUUGAUCGCUACAAGGAAUACAGGUAUUGUUUAGCGGUGGCUGUUAUUGGAUUUGCGUAUGCCGCCUUUCAAGCAUACAAUCUCUCGUAUCUAUUAGGUACGGGGAAGUAUGUGAUCAGCCACCACCUCCGUCGCCACUUUGAUUUCUUCAUGGAUCAGGUACUGGCAUAUCUUCUCAUUUCAGCAUCAUCAUCGGCAGCCACCAGGGUCGAUGACUGGCAAUCAAAUUGGGGGAAAGAUGAGUUCACGGAGAUGGCCACUGCUUCAGUUAGCAUGGCAUUCCUUGCAUUUGUUGCCUUUGCACUAAGCUCCUUGAUCUCUGGUUACAACCUCUGUACCAAUUCUACAUGAUCUCUACAAUGAGCUGCAGACUCAGUUUUCAUGUUGUGAGAAAAUAAUAUGUAGAAUGUGAAUGAAAAUGAUUGAUUUUCCAGUGGUGUAUAGCUUCAAACUAGCUAUGUUUACAAUA